GCCUCUCUGCGUGACCGCGGCAGGUUGGUCCUGGAGCAGAUGAGCGCAGAAUAUUUAGGCGAAAGCGCGAGGAGGGGGGAGCGCGGGGCAGGAGGAGUAUCUCGGCCAAGAAAAUUAUGCAUGCGUUAGGGAAGCUCUGAGAGAAUGGCUGUGGAAGCUCUCCACUGCGGUUUGAGUCCACGGGGUAUUGAUCACCCUGCCCGUGCUGAAGGCAUUCAACUGCAAAUUGAAGGUGAAGCUGUCGAGUCUCAAUCCAUUAAAAACAAACAUUUCCAGAAGGUGCUUGACCAAAAAGGAACCCCCAAGCGACUGCAGGCCGAAGCUGAGACAGCUAAGUCAGCCGCCGUGAAGCUGUCCAAGCCCGUGGCCCUGUGGACGCAGCAGGAUGUCUGCAAGUGGCUGAAGAAACAUUGUCCGAGUCAGUAUCAGAUCUACAGCGAGUCGUUCAAACAGCAUGACAUAACUGGGCGAGCCUUGCUGAGACUUACGGACAAGAAGCUGGAGCGAAUGGGGAUUGCCCAGGAGAACCUCCGGCAGCACAUCUUACAGCAGGUGCUCCAGCUGAAGGUGCGGGAGGAAGUGCGGAACCUCCAGCUGCUCACACAAGAUGCUGGUCAACAUUUAAGAACAUUUUGAUUUGAAAACUCAGAUUUGCUUAUGAAAUGCACUGUGGGAAUGACAUAAUUGUGCACUUUCAAGU